GUAAUGCUUUGAACCAAAAUAGUCAGAUCUCAUCUCUUUUUCUACUAUAAUAAAUCUAAUGGCACAAAGUCAUUUUCGUUUACAAGUAUAUCUCAACUCUUUCUCUAAUCGCUUGCUUCCAGGUAACAAUUUACUGGCACCGGGUAUCUACACCAAACUAAUAUAUAUCGAAAGUAUCGAAUAAAUCAAAAUCACAUGUAUAAAUGAUACACGAUGUUCUCUGUUCCCCAACUAUCUCCAUGCUACAAUAUACUCAAAACUAAAACCAAAUGCUAAUCACAAAACUAUGCUCAGAUACUGCAAGUUCACACUUGUACAGUAGUUACACUUCUUAAGCUGAAAGGUAUCAUAGUCAAAUAUCAAUUCUCCAGGUUGCGUCUCAUUGCUGCUUGCUGAUUUUCUCAGCAAGAAUAUAAGAAUAAAAAAACAUAGCACACGCACAAGAUGUUACAUCAGCACAUUCUUUUAUAUAUAAAUCCAUUCUUCUCUAUCUAAUAUAUAUUAUCUCACAAUUCGAUAUACUGAAUACGACUAAAAUAAUAAUAUUUGUAUGUUAUUAUUUGUAGUUAAUUUAAGUUGAAAGCACUCAACUUCACCUUUAUAUAAGAUCAAGCUAAGUACUUCAACACUCUUACCCCCUCCACAUUUCUGAGACAGUUCACAAGAAAAACCAGGAUUGCUGAUACUUACCUGGAUAUGCCAAGUCAAACCUGGACAAGUAAAGAAAGUACUCCCUCUGUUAAUUUAAGUUAGAUGUACAAAUCCUCUAAUCGGAGAUUCAACCUUAGAAGCAACUCUAAGGACCGCAGUUUAUAUAAUCUGUCUGGAAGUAGCUUGCAAAGAAAUUGGUUGUAGCAGAGGUAUUCACACACGGUAAUUUAACUUUCUACAUAAACCAUACCUACUCAAAUUUCCUCAAAAAGAAGAAAAUAAUUCUUGUGUGUGUUUUCAACUAUGUCCAAAAGUAUUCAGAUUAAUGGCAUGUGGAGUAAACUCUCCCACACCCUAGAAAACCACAAAAACACCUGCAAAGAAUUGGCCAUCAUUAAUCACAGGCUAGUGAAGCAAAUCCAGUACUAUGAGACAAAAGCAACUCACUUAGCCAUGUUUUAUGUCAUUUUCCUGCUCAUCAUUUUCCUGUCAAAUUCAAACCCCUCACCCGUCCAAUGUAAAAACUGGUGGAAGCCUUUCUCCCUUUCCAUUUUGGUUGCACUUACAUUUGGUGCCAACUUCAUAUCAACCCUACUUAAAAGCAUCCACAUAAAGAAUGCUCUAGAUAUGAACUGGAUUGACCAAGGGCUGAGCAUUCAAAAGAUGGCUAACCUAGAGCGAGCAGCAAAAAUCGAAGCAGAAUUUAUGGACCAUCAAAGGAGCAGCAACCCUGUUAUCAAAGUUGAAACACACUCCGCAAGUUCAGAUGCAGACACUUUAGACCAGAAAGAGAACUACGUUCAAUUGCACCAUGUUAAAAGUCAUGCUGCUUACUCAUAUACUGAUACAGAUGGGGAAAGUUCAGCCAGUAUGAUUGGGGAUUUGCCUAGAACAUACUCAACCCUGCAGCAACAAAACGUGGAUAGAAUUUCUGUCUUUCAACAGUAUGCAAAAGCUGGAACAACUGUUUCCUUCUUGCUAGCCUACACAGUUCUGGUACUGUACGGAUGCCGCUCUUCUGUUUGUGAUGGUAACGCAUAGUUGGACACACAAGUGAACUGGUAAAGCUCCCAUUAAUUCCUGAAUUAUUAACAAAUACUUGAAACAAUUAGAGCCACUAGGAUAAUCCUAACCACCAUAAAUCUAGAGCUUCUUAAUAUGUGUUUGUGUGAGUGGUUUUUUUUCCCAGCAAACUUAUCUGAUGCUAAAAGAUAAUAAAACCACGCAACAAAUGGAACCUCUGUAUAUAUACGCCAACAAAUAUAAAGAAGAGUCUAGUGAUUAGGUUACUCCCUCUGUUCCCCAGAUAAUUCUUACUAUUUAGAAUAAAAAUUGAAUGGUUGAACAGAGAAGUUGCUACCAGGGUGUUGUAUGAAAUGGAGAAAAUACUACCAGGGAGUUGUGUGAAAUGGAGAAGUUCUGCACCUUAAAUAACCAAGUAGCCGCUUCAUAUUAACAAGGCCGGCUCCACUAUAAGGCCACUAAAGCAAUGGCUUGGAGCCUGACUUUCUUGUUUGGGGGGGGGGGGAUUUUUCCUAAAGAUGUAUUCCAAUAUAUAUUGUUAAGAAAAUCUUAUGUCCAGUUAAAAUUUGAAAAGAGAAAUGGAAAAGUUUUCAAUGAUCGUAGUAUCCUUUCUUACGUGGCUAACCAUUUUUUUGCCUAAUUUAUAUUUUGAUGAUUUACAUGAACUCACAUUAUUAUUCCUAUAUUUACUUUUUACAUUCCCCUUUCGCAGUAUUUACUCACUUAUUAUUGAACAUUUUGAAGUCCCACAAACGGUCAAAUCUUCUGCAUUAUGCAAAAUCUUUUUUUUUAAAAUAAAGAUAAUGUUAAAUCUAUUGUUGUUAUUUAACAAAAAAGAUUAAAUUUACUUUUUGGUGUCUUGUUCAAAUUUCAAGCACUGCAACAAGUCAAAAACCAUUUCAAUAUUAUUAUAUCAACUUAUUAAAGUCGGCGCAACACUAUUUUGAUAUCAUUAUAUCAACUUCUCGAAUUCCAGAGCUAGAUUUUAUUGUUCGAACUUUAUAUAAUAUCUUUUGUUGAAAAUCUGCAUCGUUUACAGCUUAUUUCAUAAGGUUUGCAUCUAGACGUCACAUGUAGAAUUGUUAUUCAAUUUAUAUAUGUCAACUAGAAAAAACUAAGGUUCCUCUAUGAAGUUUGGGCCCCCAAUCUUGUUGAGACUGUGAAAAAUAUUGGAGAAGAAUAUAAUUGAAUUGUGCGUCUCAAUUAUACAGAGACCCUAUUUAUAAACACUACAAUGUAAUUCUUUACCAAGUAAGAUACUAUUAACUAUUUAUACUUUUAUUCCUAAUCCUCUUCUAAGUAGGAUCAUAUAUACAUAUUCCUAUUCUAACUAGGAUUCUAACACUCCCCACGAGUUGAAGCAUACAAGUCAUAUGUACUUAGUUUGUUACAGAUGUAAUUAAUACGAGGUCCGGUAAGGAACUAGGUGAAGAUAUCUGCAAGUUGAUCACUUGACUUCACAAUUUUUUUGUAACAAUAUCUCCUGAGACUAUAUUUUUCUUGACAAAGUGAUAAUCAAUCUCAAUGUGCUUAGUCCUCUCACGAAAUACUGAAUUUGAUGCGAUAAGAAGGCUCGCUUGAUUAUCACACACAAGUUUUAUCUAAUAGAUUUCUCCAAAUUUUAGUUCUCCCUUUGAGCCAAACUAGCUCACAAGGUGCUACAGCCAUUGAUCGACAUUCUGCUUUUGCACUCGAUCGAGCAACCACACUAUGUUUCUUACUUUUUCAGGACACCAAAUUACCUCCUGCUAAAACACAAUAUCCAGAUUAGAAUGUCUAUCAGAGGGUGAUAUUGCCCAAUCAGCGUCUAUAUAUCCAAUGAUAUGCUCAUAGCCUUGAUCCUCGAAGAGUAAUCCUUUACUUAGAGCUGACUUUAUAUAUCGUAAAAUGUGAAUUGCAUCUCAAUGCCUAUUGUAUGUGGAAGUCAUAAACUGACUUACAACACUCAUGCCAAAAGAGAUGUCAGGUCUAGUCACGAUGAGAUAAUUCAAUUUACCAACCAGCCACCUAUACCUUCCAUGAUCACUAAGUGGCUUCACCUAUUGUGGUGAGAGUUUAGCAUUCGGAUCUAUAUGAGUGUCAAUUGAGCUACUACCAUCAUUUUUGUCUCCUUGAGAAUGUCUAAGUCAUAUUUGCGUUUAGACAUAACAAUACCUAAUUUAGACUGAGAAACUAUAAUACCUAUAAAAUACUUUAAUCUGCCAAGGUCUUAGGUCUUUCGUCCGAAAAUGCUGAAAAAGAUGUUUCAAACUAGUAAUACCUUCUUGAUCAUUGCCAGAGAUAACAAUAUUGUCAACAUAGACCACCAAAUAAAUACACAAAGUUGGUGAAAAUGUCGAUAAAACACAUAGUGAUCAGCUCCACUACGAGUCAUGUCAAACUCCAAAAUUACUGUUGAACUUACCAAACCAGGCUCAAGGAGGUUGUUUCAGACCAUACCGCGCAAUCAACAUACAAGGUUACUAGGCUCCGCCUAGCAACAAAACUAAGUGGUGCUCCAUGUAGACUUCUUGCUCAAGAUCAUCGUGAAAGCACUCUUAAUGUCUAACUGAUGAAGAGGCCAAUGAUGAACUAAAGCUAUAGAUAGAAAAAGACGUAUAGAUGCUACUUUAGCCAUGGGAGAGAAAGUGUCACCAAAAUCUAGCCCAAAUAUUUAAGUAUACCCUUUGGCAAUAUUAUGAGUCUUAAGCCGAUCAACCUGACCAUCUGGACCAACUUUGACCGCAUAAACCCAACGACAACCAACAACAGAUUUACUUGUAGGAAGCUAUGUUGCUCGGACUCUUCAAAAAUGUCAACGGUGUGUCUCAGAUUCACCAAAAGUAGUUUAUUUUUGGAGAACCCGACACGGGUACAACAUCAAAAGUGAAGAGUCCGUGCAACUAAGGUAGGAAGGGAAACAAGCUCCCAAGUACCACUCGUAUGUAAAGCAGACAUUUCAUCAAUCACAGUCUACCUCCAUCUUGGAUGAGAAAGUGUUUCACCUAGACUGCCUCCAUCUAGGAUGAGGAAGUGUUUCACCUAGACUGCCUCCAUCUUGGAUGAGAAAGUGUUUCACCUGUGGUCUUAGGAAUGAAAGUAGAAGACAAAGAUGAUAUAAAGGCAUAAUGGAGUGAUGAUAGAUGAUGAAUAACUCAAGAAAGUAUAAUGUGGGUUAGCAUUACGAGUGGAAAGUAUACCCUUUUGAAGUGCAAUUGGUUGGCUAGGAUAAGGCAACUCAAAAGUAAGAUCAAGGUUUGACGCAUAACAUGAAUCAUCAGGGACUAAUGUUGGACACAAAUGACAAUGAUAAGUUAGGAGCUAUGGCAUUGCAGCGGGCGACAUAGAAGCAACCGUAGAGUCCUCAAAAUUUGGUACAUGUAAAAACUGAGGUAUGGACACGGGAGACAUAGAAGUAACAAUACUCCUCAAAAGUUGGUAUAGGUAAGAUGUGAGGUAUGGGUAAGACUUCAGAGAUAUCAACAUAAUCAGAAGAUGAAUAGUAAGGUUGAGAUUCAAAGAAUGUGACAUCGGCAGACAUAAGGUUGCGACAAAGAUCAGGUGAAUAGCAACGAUACUCUUUUUGAGCUCAAAAGUAAUCAAGAAUAGUUAAGUUAGAGAUUAUGAUUAAACCAUAAGUGCUUGAUCAUCUUAACAACACGAAAUGUUUAAGUUAGUAAUUAUCAUUCUACUACUUAAAUUUUCCAUGCUCUCGAUACUAGUCAAGAACUUUCAUUUCCUAUGCACAAAAUUUUCAUUCUCAUAAACUGGGUUUAAAAGCACAAAAGAAUAUCAAUAUCAAUCAUUAUAGUGAGGAAAGCUUAUACUAUCUAUGAACUGCAGAUUUACAGAAAGGGGUGAUUACCAGAUCAAAGGUUUUUACCAGGCCUGUCAUCUGAAGAGUUGUUAGUGGGUGCACUCUCUACAUGAACAAAUGUUUGAAUAGUUUUAGAUUCCUCAAGUUUUGAUAUUCUAUGUACAUAGAUCUAAUAGUUUGUACAAUGACUUGAAAGUUUGGGAUGCAUUUCAGAACACAGACAUGAAUGUAAAUUAUUGUUGGCUAUCUCGCAGCAAGAUUAUCAGUAUUUGAUGAUCUCGGGAUUUUUGCAGAUAUGUAACAUGAGAUAAAAUAUGCAUCAACAAGCAGUCAAAUUUGA